UCCGUAUGCAUUGGCGGUGGGUUAGGAUCUAGUUCUCCCUAUACUGAGCCCACAUGGCCGUACAUUCUACGAUCAACUCGAUAUUUAUCCUCUCGAAACGACAUGUCGACAAAUUACCUUCCUUCCUUUCUCAAUUUCACUGAAACAACUGUAACUGCAUCCCUCCGCUCAAUACAAUCGUCAUCAAAACCAAUUCCUCUCGUUCCUACAUUCAACCGAAUCGGAACGAUAAUUCUCCGUCUUAUUUCAAUCGUCUUCUCGUCUCCGCACCGAUGGCGAACCCAGAAUCCGCCUCUAUCCAACCCUCUGAAGCGGAAAACAACGUGUAUUCGGUGUGGGCUCUUCCUCCGGAAGAUGUGACGGCCAGAAUCAAGAACCUCAUGAACAGCCUCAGAUCCGAGUUCGGCGGGCCCCAAUUCGAGCCACAUAUCACCGUUGUUGGGGCAAUCCGUCUCACCCCUGACGAUGCCCUCAACAAAUUCCGCUCCGCUUGCCAGGGGCUUAAGGCUUAUCAAGCCACCGUCGAUCAUGUAUCUACCGGAACCUUCUUCUACCAGUGUGUUUUUCUCCUUAUUCAUUCUACCACUGAGGUGGUGGAGACUAGUUCACAUUGUUGUGGACAUUUUGGUUACAAAAACUCUACCCCUUACAUGCCGCAUAUGAGCCUACUGUAUGCCAACAUAUCAGAUGAAAAGAAGAAGCAGGCAAAAGUAAUAGCAGACAAGCUCGAUGAAGCCGUGAACGGCCUGAAGUUCCCAAUCACUCGACUUGCACUGUACAAAACAGACACCGAGGAUGAAACUCUAAAGUCCUGGGAGAAAAUUGCAGAACACGAACUUCCUUCAAGUUAGCUUCUGUUUUUAUCCAUGCCCCUUGAAGACUAUGUUCUGUUAUACACAGUUUACCUCAUUUUUUUCAACAAUGUCUGUACUCCUCUAGACUUCUUAACUGGGAAAAAAAUAAAUGUCAGUCAAUGGGAAGCUUACCAAGCUUCGUGAUUAGUUGAUCCUCUUUUGUUAUUUAGAAAAAAAAAAAAAUUGUGUUUAUUAUAUGAAACCAGAGAAUUUCAUGUAUGGCAUGGAAUUUAGGGAGGAAAAGCCAAGCUACAACUACUUUACUUAACCCAAGAAAGAUUACAGACAUUACUGCAA